AGCAGCCGGCCCUCCUCUGUACUACUUGACAGGCUGUACCAGUCCAGUCCUGAGUAUCGCCGUCUGCUGAGCGUUAUCCGACAUGAAGCUGGGACUCGCAGCUCUCCUGUGCCUCUCCAGCCUCGUGUGGCUGUCGGAGUGCACACCUCCGACCUGCUACUCCAGAGCUCUCGACCUGAGCAAAGAAAUCAUGACGCUGCUGGAUAAAAUACACACUUCUCAUCGCACGAAAACGUGCGCUGAGAUUCUGCCUACCAUCUUCCUGGACGUGCAUAACUCCUGCAUCACUACCAAGCUCCGUGACUUUCUUUACGUGGUGUUGAACCAUCCCAACCAGUACUGCAGAGAGAAACCCAGAAUGGUUCUGCUGAAGCGCAAAAUCCAGAACCUUUACAGCAUCAUCACCAGAAUCUGUUAUCGGGACUUGGUGUUUUUCACAGACGACUGCCAGGCUAUUGAUACUGGAAACACCAGCCCUUACUAUGCAGAGGACAGGCUUCAGCUGCUCCAAGAGGACAGAUGAUCAACAAAAACAUAGAUAUCUGGGCAUACACUGGGCUGUUACAUUCAUAUAAAUACCACAGUAACAACACGUAGAAUGUCUUGAUGCAUUCUCAAUCAUCCAGGAAAGUAAAUCUCCAAAAGUUGAUUCUGUUCAUCUGGACGUAGCGUUUUGUGGGAGAAACGUUUCGUCACUCAUCCAAGUGAC